AGGGUUAGGGUUACUAACCCAAAGUCCUGGGUGAUUGAUCAUAUGGUGCAUUGGCCACCUGGUAUUGACGCCAUGAAAGCAAUCAAAGAAAUGCAAAAGCCAGAGGAAAAGUGGAGGAAAUGUCCUCUAAUAAAACUGAAAUUAGCAUCAUUGGACAACGAGGAGUGUGAGCUCUAUAACUUCUCCACAACUGCUGAGGGUAGUGACGAUGAGCUUCCCAUUCAUUCUAAGCCCAAGAGAAUAGGGAAAAAAAAGACUUAUGAUGACUUUGUUCAAGAUGAUGAAGAUGAACUAAUUGCUGAUACCCCACCGAAUCGCCAAUUGACUUCUGAGGCAAAUUCACUGGGACAUGGCCCCUCCCUGCCACUGCCGCCGAAGAAAGUUAUGUCCACACAGGAGAAACACCAAGAGCACACCAGGUUCCAUUUACAGGUCACUGACUCUGUAAACCAGCUUCAGGAGCUGAACAGACAGCUAGCUAGCCAUGAAACACAAAAACGCAUGACAGCUCAGAUGUCAAAGAUUGGUGGCGCUACCCCACGAGAAAAUGUAAAUAAUGUAAGGAAAAGAGUGCUCACAAAUGGCCUCAUGUCCAUUAUGAAUAUGGAUGGGGCUGGGGACAAACUCCCGUUUAGAAGUAUGAAUCUCUACAAGGUCAUGAUAGGUGCCAUCCAGAAGUCACAGCCUGGCACCUCUGAAGCGUCUAUUGGUAGCCUGAUGGCAAACUAUUUGCGAGUUGCACCAGACAGAAGAGGGGGCACUGGGCGCCUGAAGACACUUGAAAGCUCUGGAAGUGUGAAUCCAUAAGCGCCCCCACUGUACAAUGUUUAUAUGUGUGGGCUGUUUAGGUUACAUACUGUAUACAAUGUUUCUACAUGUAGGCUGUGUUUAGGUUACUAUACAUACAUACAGUAUGUAUGUAUGUGUGUAUAUAUAUAUACUCUACCAGUCAAAAGUUUGGAGACACUUAGAAAUUUCUAUUAUA